AGGAAAGAUGCUGGAGCUGACAUCAACAGGCAUUGGUGACUGAGCCCAUUGAGCAACCCAGCCCCACAUCACACUCUCCAUUUUUGAUGAUACGAUUUUUGUUCAAGACUUCUACUAGUAUAAAUAGAUUAGCCCCCCACUCUGCAGAAUGGCCGCCAUCAGAGCAUCAGCAUCUUUAGCCUCUUGUUCUCUUACUUUAGUUGCUUCCACUUCUUAUACUUCUGCAUCAUCUGGUUCCUCGGUUUUUACGAGAUUUCGAUCUAAGCCCCUCUGGGGUUUCUCUGUUUCUGUUGCACCCUUGUGUUAUUAUUCUUCAAGAAGAGCAAAACGGAUGGCCCACUCCAUUGCUCACGCCACUCUUGGCCUUACUCAGCCUAAUCAGAUUGUGCCCCCUAAGAUCUCUUUUGCGGCAAAAGAGAUUGAUUUGGUUGAAUGGAAAGGAGACAUACUUGCUAUAGGUGUCACAGAGAAAGACAUAGCAAAAGAUGAAAGUUCAAAGUUCCAAAAUCCAAUCUUGCAAAAGUUAGAUUCCAAGUUAGGUGGUUUGUUGUCUGAAGCGUCUUCUGAGGAGGAUUUCACUGGAAAGGCUGGGCAGUCAACAAUUCUCAGAGUUCCUGGCCUGGGGACUAAAAGGGUUGGCUUGGUAGGGCUUGGACAAGCAGCAUCGACUACUGCCGCUUAUCGCAGUCUUGGUGAGACAAUUGCUGCUGCAGCUAAGUCUGCUCAGGCAAGUAAUGUUGCCAUUGCCCUUGCUUCUUCUGAAACUCUCUCUGCAGAUUCAAGGCUUACAACUGUUUCAGCCAUAGCAUCUGGAACUGUGCUGGGGACUUAUGAAGAUAGCAGGUUUAAGUCAGAGUCAAAGAAACCAACUCUUACAUCUGUGGACAUUCUUGGUUUGGGUACUGGACCUGAGAUAGAAAAGAAACUUAAAUUUGCAGAAUCUGUAUCCUCAGCAGUUAUUUUUGGCAUAAACCUUGUCAAUGCGCCAGCCAACGUACUCACCCCUGCGGUACUAGCUGAAGAGGCCAAAAGGAUUGCUUCAUUGUACAGCGAUGUACUCACUACAACAAUCUUGAACGUGGAGCAGUGCAAAGAGUUAAAAAUGGGAUCCUAUCUGGGUGUUGCUGCAGCUUCUGCUAAUCCUCCGCAUUUUAUCCAUAUAGUUUACAAGCCUCUGGGUGGAUCCGUCAAAACUAAGCUGGCUUUAGUUGGAAAGGGGUUGACUUUUGACAGUGGUGGCUACAAUAUCAAGACAGGACCAGGAUGUUCAAUUGAGCUCAUGAAAUUUGAUAUGGGAGGCUCUGCAGCUGUGUUGGGUGCAGCAAAGGCUCUUGGCCAAAUCAAGCCAGCUGGAGUAGAGGUUCAUUUCAUUGUUGCAGCUUGUGAAAAUAUGAUCAGUGGAACAGGUAUGAGACCUGGAGAUAUUGUCACAGCUUCAAAUGGAAAGACUAUUGAGGUUAACAAUACUGAUGCCGAGGGAAGACUCACUCUCGCAGAUGCUCUAGUAUAUGCUUGUAAUCAAGGGGUUGAAAAGGUAUGAUUCAGAUGCUGUGUAUGCUUGAUAAUUUUAUGUUUUUCUUCUUCCUUCUGCUCUCCUUAUUAGUACAAGUUCCUUUUUUUUUUCGGGUGUGUGUUUUUAAUUUUUGUUGUACUCCUCUUUCCAAGCGAAAAGACAAGCAGCAAACCUUGCAGAAUACUUAGGGGAGAAGGAAUGAAGGAACUACCUCAUUUUUGUAUGCUAUCAUUUUGAAAGCUACAAUGGCAGAAUCUGAUAGGCUG